AACAAGACCUAAAAAGAUGAAAUUUGCUUCUUGCAAGCAUUAAACCCAAAACCUCCACCUUAACACCUAAAAGUACUUCAACAAAUUAGCAUUACCCAAAAGUCUUUCUUUUUCCGAUUAGUGAGUCCUCCAACGAGGCCUUGGCGUGAAGAUUGUGUUAAUGGAUCAGAAUAUGAUUAUCUCAUCGUUACCUUUUCCUGUUCCCCACAAGCAGUUCUCUCUCGACAUUCAGGGGAAUAAAACCGAUUUCAUCAUAUGUAGUUAUGAUGACCAUUUUCUUGUUAUUGUAACUCAAAUAGGAAGUAUGGGCACCAUACUGCAUGCUAGGAAGGAAGAAGGGAUGACGACCGAACCAAACUUUAGUGUGUCUGUAAUACUUGGGAAACGUGAUGAGCAAAUGCUGGUUGCUUGUGCUAGACAGAUUAUUGAGCACAUAAGUUCCGCGGGAUCUUCGAGACCUUUGGUUCUCUCACUUGGUUUGAAAGAUCAUUCUCUGACCACUCUGAAAGGCAUUGUUUCUGCUGUGAAGGAAAACUGCCUCUGGUAAUCAUAUGUGGACAAGCUCCAAGCCUUUUGAGGGCUGCAAUUAUGGCAUAAUGUUUUCACUAUGAGAUGCUUGAUGUAUAUUGUAUGAAAAAUCUAUGCCAAUACUUCUAGAAAUUUCGAGAUUUUACUAGAAGAAUAUUUAAUGAUUACAUAACUAUCACCAGCACUCCCAGAAAUAUACGGAGUAAUAGUUAAUAUUCAAUUUUUGAGGUGUAUUUGUAAUCUAUGUGCAAUCUUAGAGUAAUAUUCUAAAAUAUUGAAUUUCUAGAAUCGCCAGAGAUAAUUAUGUAAUCUCUGAGUAUUCUAGUAAAAUCUCAAAUUUCUA